CAGCGCCCCGAACCUGGCCAACAGGCGGCCGCCCGACAAGCCACGCCAAAUAAACUCCUUGCCUGCCUGCAUAUCCUUUGGCGCAGUACGGGGCCGCUUCAGAGGUCCGUCGACGCCGCCCCGCCCACUGUCGACGCCCCCAAAGGCCUGCCUCCACCGCCCACGACGCUGCCUCGACGCCUUCCUCCUGCGACCACCACCAACGACAAGCAGCCACCAGCUAACCUCAAAGUGGGCUUCUGGUCCGUGCCCUCCACACGAUUCAUGCAUGCAGCAUGCCUCGAUCGGUCCCAUCGUCGCUGCUCUUCGCGGCGUGCCUGCUAACUACCUCUCAAGCACACUGAUGGCUUUGCCGCGAGGCUCGUGGACAUGGCCAUCCCCCCUGGCCACCGCUCUCCAGGCGCAAAUCUGGGGUUGCCCCAACGCUCGAGGUGUCGUCCUUUGGCGCGCUACUCAACCGCACACUUCCACCGUCUUCUCGUGGCAAGUGGCAUCGGCAACGAAACAGAUGCGACUCGUAUAUUCGUCAGCCUGGUGUGCCCGCCGAACCCGAGACCAGUUCCUCCGAGCCCCCGUCUUAGUAGCGGCGGCACGCUCGCCAUCGUCGCCGUGGCGCAACGCCAGAAGCAAGCCGAGGCCCUUCCGCCUUGUUCCCGCUGUGGAGAUCGCCUCCGCCGCGCCGCAUUUGCCAGACGCCAUUCACCACCGUCCAACUCCAGCGGGCUGACGCCUAUCAUCCAAAGUCGCCGCCGUCCCUGACCUUUCUCGUAACAGCAUCUCCCUCCACCGUCUCCUUUGCCCCUUUCGGGAACCGCGCGUGUCGUGCAGUGCCUUGGCGUCGACGCCUCCAACGUGGCCCGGCUGUUGAUAGUUUGGGUCACACUCCGCGGUUGUCCUGCGUACGAGAGAACCUUGGCUUGCCCUGGUGGCUUUCCUGCGUCCCUCUCCACCACAAUGGCAAAUAAUGUGCGGCUCCCGGCCUCCUCAACGGCGGUGGGCAGGGGCAAGUCUCUGAUGAGCCCACAGAGAGAUGGUGUCGAGCUCUCAGGCCUCUCGAUCUGUCCGCGCCAAAGCCGACAACCACCCCGUCACCCCAACAAGACCCGACACAUGGACGUGCGCAACCCAUUCACGCUAGUGUCGUUGUCGAAGAUCUCUGGGCGAAGCGAAUAUCUAUAUCCAGUCUGCCGGGCCCGUCUGCGCUCUGCCCCCCUCCCACUUGUCUGACCUCAAUAUCCUUCAACGCAUUUUGGCGUGGGGUUUUCUGGUCCAUCCACCGGUGUGGCGGCGCACACGCCUCCCGCAUAUCCGCUUUGUCGGCCUCGCUCGGGAACCGUACCGAAUACGCUGCCCGACGGUCCCUCGGCCCAGCUCAUAUCCGGCCCCGCGUCUCGUUCCGGACCUUUCUAUAUAGCUACGCUGCUCGGCCGGCGCACGGUUUAGCCCAUAUAUGGUCCCGCGUCUCCUCGUGUGGACCUUCAUUUAUAUAUAUACACGCAGCCCGGCGUCGAACUCGACGGCCACCAGCCCCUCCUCAGGCAUCGUCAGCAUGAGAGUGUGGACGCUGGUUUGGCCAACGGCCCUGGUGGUCCUGCCGUUGGCAUGGGCCCAAGAGCCGUCGCUCCAGGAUCGGCUUCUUCUGUUUCCCAAGUGUGCAAUGUCCUGUCUCGGAGAAACCAUUGGGCAGAGUGAAUGCUCCCUGACCAACCAAACAUGCAUGUGCACCGAUCAGAAGCUACAGGACGCCAUGACAACGUGCGUCAUGGGCAACUGCACCAUCAAGGAAGCCAUCAUAACCAAGAACCUCACCGCAUCGGGCUGCAAUGCUCCUGUCCGGGACAAGACGAGCGAGUAUGUGGCCAUAUCCAACGCCUUUGGCGCCAUAUCGGCCGCCUUUGUCCUUCAACGCUUUGGGUAUAAGCUGUGGGCCAAGCUCGACUUUGGCCUUGAUGACUGGUUUACCCUCAUCACCAUCGUCACUGGAGUUCCGAGCACUGUCAUCAACGCCCAUGGCGUUGCACCUAACGGCAUGGGCCGGGACACUUGGACCCUGACGAUGGAAAAUAUUACGAAUUUUGGCCGCGACUUUUACAUCAUGGAAAUCAUCUACUUUGCUGAGGUGUCGCUCCUGAAACUGGCGAUGCUCUUCUUUUAUAUCCGGAUAUUUCCCGGCAUAGGGGUGCGACGAGUACUCUGGGGCACCGUUGCCUUCGUCUCCGUCUUCGGCAUCAUCUUUGUUUUCACCGCCAUCUUCCAAUGUACCCCUAUUAACUACUACUGGUGGAAGUGGGACGGCAUCCACCAAGGGCAUUGUCUCGACAUUAACGCCAUUGCCUGGUCCAACGCCGCUAUCAGCAUCGCUCUGGACAUAUGGAUGCUCGCUAUCCCGCUAUGGCAAUUGCGUGGCCUUAAGCUAGACUGGAGGAAGAAGGUCGGUGUCGCAAUGAUGUUUAGUGUCGGUGCUUUCGUCACCAUCGUCAGCAUCCUCCGUCUCAGGUCACUCGUCAAGUUUGGGUCGGACUCAACGAAUCCAACCUGGGACUUUUUUGACGUGGGCAUGUGGUCCACAGUGGAAAUCAACGUCGGCAUUAUGUGCGCGUGCAUGCCGUCACUGCGGCUGCUGCUGGUGCACCUGUUCCCCAAGCUGCUGGGAACGACGCAGCGGUACUACGCCAAGUACUCGAGCGGCGUACAUCGAACUACAACCACAAGGAGACAGAGCCGGCCAUUUAGGGCAACGGGCAACGUGUCGCACGUGGAGCGAUCGCAACACCGGCCCGAAAUCAAGUCCAACGCCAUCACCCUACAGACGACGUACACCGUGGAGUACGGAGACAAGGAUAACGAUGAGAUGCAGCUGGUGUAUAUACGGGAUCUUGGGGGCAAAGAUUCGCGGUCUGGGAGUGCGAGCGGCUCUUCAGACCCGGUUUAAUUGCGCCUUGCCUUUUCUUGGAGACCCUAAUUAUGCCGGUUGGGCUGUACAGUAGACGUAAGGGAAUCGGGAAGCUUAUGACCAUCAUGAUACCCACUAGCCAGACUAUGGCC